UCAGAUCCCAAGCAAGAGGUUUCACAAGGAUUUUGAAGCUCCAGGAAUACUUGCAAAGAUCAUGAUAAUGUACAGCAUGGACAUUGUUGCAUGAAGGCAGGUGUUUCCAUUUAAACAAUUUUUCAUUACAAAAGCAUGUGUUGUAUGAAUUUAUGUUAAACAUUUGAGUUCCUACAAAAAUGGGUGAGAUGAAGAAAGAAGAUAUCGAGAAAUAUCUAGAAAACAACCCUCAGUUUGCCAAAGAAUAUUUUGACAAGAAACUUCGAAGUGAAACUGUUGGGGCUCUGUUUAACAACAAACAGUUGGUUUUAAAAGAUGGCGUCUCAUUUUGUGAGAUGAGCAAGAUAGAAGAGGCAGACAUUUUCUUGGAGCUGGUAAAAGAAAUACAAGAUGACUCUAACAUGGAGAAGAUUGUUCACAAAGUACUCCAGAGGCUGGCAUAUCUGCUGCAAGGAGACUGUUGUAGCAUGUUUUCGUUCCGGUCAAGAAACGGUGUUCCAGAGAUGGCUACAAGGCUCUUCAAUGUUACAAAGACCUCUAAAUUUGAGGACAACUUAGUAGCUCCAGAAAGUGAAAUUGUGUUCCCUUUGGACAUUGGGAUUGUGGGAUGGGUUGCUCAUACUAAGAAGUCCUUUAAUGUUCCUGAUGUGAAAAAGAACACCCAUUUUUCAGACUUUGCAGAUAAGCAAACUGGAUACACUACAAAAAAUUUACUGGCAGCGCCAAUCUUACUGGCAAAGGAAAUCCUGGCUGUUAUUAUGGUUGUUAACAAACAGAAUGCUGGUGAAUUCUCAAAAGAGGAUGAAGAGGUUUUCCACAAAUAUCUCAACUUUGUAUCUGUUGUUCUUAAAUACAAUCACAUCACCUACCUCCACAAUAUUGAAUCGAGGAAAAGUCAGGUGCUUCUUUGGACAGCCAACAAGGUGUUCGAAGAAUUAACAGAUAUUGAAAGACAGUUUCACAAGGCCCUUUACACAGUUAGGAUAUAUCUGAAUUGUGAGAGAUAUUCUAUUGCUCUGCUGGACAUGACAAAAGAAAAGGAGUUCUAUGAAGAAUGGCCAAUCAAACUCGGAGAAGUGCCACCGUACAAAGGGCCAAAGACUCCAGAUGGAAGGGAAAUCAUUUUUUACAAGAUAAUUGAUUAUAUUUUGCAUGGAAAAGAAGAAAUUAAAGUUAUCCCCUCACCACCAGAGGAUCAUUGGUGUCUUGUGAGCGGGUUACCAACAUACGUUGCUGAAAAUGGAUUUAUUUGCAAUAUGAUGAAUGCACCAGCAGAUGACUAUUUCAAAUUUCAGAAAGAAGCGGUGGAUGAAACUGGUUGGACAGUUAAAAACGUGCUCUGUCUACCAAUUGUAAACAAGAAAGAAGAAAUUGUAGGAGUAGCUACAUUUUAUAACAGGAAAGAUGCAAAGCCCUUUGAUGAAUAUGAUGAACAAAUUACAGAAGCUCUGACACAGAUCCUGGGUUGGUCUGUUUUGAACACUGACACAUAUGACAAAAUGAACAAACUUGAAAAUAGAAAGGAUAUUGCCCAUGAAAUGCUCAUGUAUCAGCUCAAGUGCACUCCGAAGGAACUUCAAAGCAUUUUGAAAACCAAGGAGAAAUUAAAUAAAGAAGUUGAAGAAUGUGAAGAGGACGAACUUCUGAAAAUAUUGAAAGUGGAGCUGCCAGAUCCCAUCACUGCUGAACUCUAUGAAUUCCACUUCAGUGACCUCCCGGUGUCAGAACACGACCUCAUCAAAAGUGGGAUUCGACUCUUUUUUGAGAUCAAUGCUGUUGACAGAUUUAAAGUGCCAGUAGAGGUUUUAACAAAAUGGAUGUAUACAGUCAGGAAAGGAUAUCGUGACAUAACCUACCACAACUGGCGACAUGGAUUUAAUGUGGGACAAACAAUGUUCACUUUGCUAAUGACAGGUAAGCUAAAGAAAUAUUAUUCUGACCUGGAAGCAUUUGCCAUGGUGGCUGCUGCAUUCUGCCAUGACAUUGAUCACAGAGGGACCAAUAAUUUGUACCAAAUGAAAUCUCAGGCGCCUUUAGCAAGACUUCAUGGAUCUUCUAUCUUGGAAAGACAUCAUUUAGAAUUUAGUAAAACUCUGUUACAAGACGAGAGUAUAAAUAUUUUCCAAACCUUGAACAAGCGACAGUUUGAAAAUGUGAUCCAUUUGUUUGAAGUAGCGAUAAUUGCAACCGACUUAGCUUUGUAUUUCAAGAAAAGGACUAUGUUUCAGAAGAUCGUUGAUACCACAGAACAAAUGCAGACAGAAGAUGAAAGAAUAAAGUACAUUAUCUGUGAUCCAACAAAAAAGGAGAUUAUCAUGGCAAUGAUGAUGACUGGAUGUGACUUGUCAGCCAUAACUAAGCCAUGGGAUGUACAAAGCAAGGUUGCCCUCAUGGUUGCAAAUGAAUUCUGGGAGCAAGGAGAUCUAGAGAGGACAGUUCUUCAGCAACAGCCAAUUCCUAUGAUGGACAGAAACAAAGCAGAUGAGUUGCCCAAGCUUCAAGUUGGUUUCAUUGAUUUUGUAUGCACCUUUGUAUACAAGGAAUUUUCACGGUUCCACAAAGAGAUUUUACCCAUGUACGAUGGGCUUCAGAACAACAGAGUUCAGUGGAAAACUCAAGCUGAUGUUUAUGAUGAGAAGAUGAAAAUUCUAGAAGAACAGAAGAAGAAGGAGGAAGAAGUAAAUGUCGAAAAUCCAGGUGAAGUCCAAGGUGGGGGGGAGCUAGUCAAAUCAAAAACCUGCACACUUUUGUAGAAAAGAAGAAUUCUGAGCCGGAGACUGAAAUGGUCAGCAAAGUUCCUUAAAGCAAGAAAUUCCAUGGUAGAAAAUUGAAGACUAACCUGUAGCAUGCCAGCUGGUGUUCUACUGCAACUUCCAGGGUUCUCCAAAUGAAUGCUGGGAUUUAACACAAGCUCAUGUAUCACAGGUCAAGUUGCACUGCUGGAAAAUCAGAUAUUAUUGUGCAACCAUCACUAAUUACAAUAGCAACUUUUGCCUCUUAACAAACUGUAGGUACCACUUACCAAAUAGUUGCCCGUAUAGCACAGCUAAGGCCUACAUUUGAAGGCCUUAGAAAACAUAUUAAAAUCAUAAAAUUUAAGAGCGUAAGGAGUGGUGGGAGUUUCUGAUGGAUCACAAUAAAAGGGAACAAACGACAUAAUCAUUUUCUAUACUGAAAACUAGUAAAGGGGUAGGCAGAAUGAGGAAAGAGAUAAUACUGGAUAGCUCGACUGGAUCUGCAGUUUGGGAGUACAGCAUAAAAGAUACAGAUAAAGAUUGUAGUUUUUGUUUUUUUAAAUUAAUUCUUUUCUUUGCGGCUAGACUAGGAUGUUUUUCACACCUGUUCUUGUAGUCAGACCCACAAACAAUAGCUAGAUAUGAAAUUUCUAUA